CUGACAUGACGACCGAGACCCCUCUGCAGCAGCUGGACCCUCCGCCUCCUCUGAGAUCCAGCCCGGGGUCCGGCGUCCUGCAUCCCGCCAUGCUAAGCCAACAAGCCGCCGCAGAAGGUUCGUCCGCCGCUGUCAAAGGGAAGAAGGCGAGUUCCGGUUUGAGGCGACCGGAGAAGCCACCGUACUCUUACAUCGCUUUAAUCGUCAUGGCGAUCCAGAGCUCCCCGACCAAGCGGCUGACGCUCAGUGAGAUCUACCAGUUCCUCCAGGCUCGGUUCCCGUUCUUCAGGGGCUCGUACCAGGGCUGGAAGAACUCAGUCCGGCACAACCUUUCACUGAACGAGUGCUUCAUCAAACUGCCCAAAGGGCUCGGCAGGCCGGGCAAAGGCCACUACUGGACCAUCGACCCGGGCAGCGAGUUUAUGUUCGAAGAAGGCUCGUUUCGGCGCAGACCCAGAGGGUUCAGGAGAAAAUGCCAGGCGCUGAAGCCCAUGUAUCGGAUGAUGAACGGCAUUGGCUUUGGCGCCUCCAUCCUCCCGCAGAGUUUUGACUUCCAGUCGCCGCCCGCGUCGCUUGCGUGUCACAGCAACAGCUACAACUUGGACAUGAUGAGCAGCUCGAUGACCGGCGGCUACGACCAUCACGUGCCUCACAUGUCUCCUAGCCCCGGAUCCACGUACAUGGCGAGUUGCCCCGUGCCGCCUAAUGGGGACUACGGGCCAGAUAGCAGCAGCAGCCCCGUGCCGUCCUCUCCGGCCAUGGCCAGCGCGCUGGACGGCCACUCCCCGUACGCCAGCACAUCCGCGCACUGGGCGUCGACCGGCGGCUCCCCGUACAUCAAACAGCAGCCUCUGGCCUCCAGUAGCCCCGCGUCCUCCGGAUUACACUCCGGCAUGUCGCCGUACUCCCUGGACCAGAGCUACCUCCACCAGAACGGCAGGGACACCCACAGCACCGACAUAUCAGUGGGGAUUCCACGCUAUCAGAGUCAUUCCUCGGUGUGCGACAGGAAAGACUUUGUGUUGAACUUUAACGGCAUCUCAUCCUUCCACCCCUCGGCUGGAGGCUCCUAUUAUCACCAUCAUCACCACCAUCACCAUCCUCAGAGCGUGUGUCAGGACAUCAAACCCUGCGUGAUGUGAGGAGUGCAGGAGGAGUACAGGAGGAGCACAGGAGGAGCAGGGCCUCCUGCAGCCUGGCGCUUGAACUUUGGAGAAAACUUUGGAACCCCAGAGGCCUUUUCCAAAAACCACUUUGCCUUUAUGAACCCUGACGAGCAUUUUCUUCUUCAAAAGAAGUUUCAGAAGCAUUUGCUCUUAUAAGACGUGCAAACAAAUGUAUUCCAUGUACCUUCUAUUACUCCACAUGUGAAGCUUUAACCUUUCAUGACCUGCAGCAAACUUUGCACUUAUUGUAUAACCAUCUGCCAAUUUUUUUUGUCUUAAAGUGUUUCAAUAAAGCUGAUAUAUUUUAGGCUA